AUGUCUUUGGAUUCGUUGCUACUUCUUCGUAGCUUAAUUGGUGUCUUUAGAUCCAAUUUUGUCUUGCCAGCAUUGCCGUUUGCCGCUAAAGGGUUUCCAACAACUGACUUUUCAAUCUCUGUUCCGUAUAAUUUCCUUCUAGCACUGUUAGCUUGA